AAGUGUCCGACAAACGCCGAAUACCGUGAAUGUUCAAAUAUUUGUCCUAUAAACUGCUACACCUUCGAUAAGCACCUAUGCUUCUCCUUACGAUGUGGAGGGCCUAAAUGCGUUUGCAAAGAGGGAUACGUUCAACUCUCCGCACACAUUGAGCGUUGUGUCCCCAUGGAGAUCUGUAUCGGCGUACUCUGCUUGUAUAGCAAUUUAGAGUUCCGACUUUUCAGUAUUGACUCAUUGAGUCAACAGCAACCUGGACUUGUGUAG